GGGAGGUGAGCAGGAAGACAAACUGAGAAAAAUGAGACCAGGUUUUUUUUAAAAGCUGAGAGUUGCUGCCUGUUUUUUAUUGAAUCUCUGAAGAACUGGACUAAUAUACAUUUUAUAUAUAUAUAUAUAAUAUUAUAUAUUUUAUUUCCAACUUUUAAAAGAUCUGCUUUUUUAAGGAAGGACCCAUUUUUGCGCCUGUCUUGCUGUUUCUUUGGGUUCCAGGGCUGCUUCUGUCAUGUUGGGUGACCAGUCCACUGACUGGCUGCUGCAGCUCCUCUCCGAGGUGCAUCUGGAGCAGUUUUUCCCUCGAAUCCGCAACGAGCUCAACGUGACCCGACUGGAGCACUUUGACUAUGUGGAGCCGGUGGACCUGGAGAGCAUCGGGAUCGGGCGGCCAGGGCAGAGAAGGCUACGAGAGGCAGUUAAGAGACAGAAAGCGAUGCUGAAACCCAAGUCCUGGAUAUCAAAGGUGUUCAAAGGGCAGUGCCCAGAGCAGUUGGGCCAAUCACGGAGCCCCCCCUACCCCCCGGAACCCGAGCGCCCGCUCACCUGCCUCAUUCCGGAGUCCGACCUGCAGCUCUGCGAGAAACUGGGGAACGGGUGCUUUGGAGUGGUGAAGAGAGGGGAGUGGAGGACACCCAGCGGGAGAGUGCUGGGCGUGGCUGUCAAGUACCUCCGCUCUGAUGUUUCCAAGGAGAUGGAGACUCUGACAGACUUCCUGCAGGAAGUGACAACGAUGCAGACCCUGGACCAUCCCAACCUGAUCCGGCUGCAUGGAGUGGUGCUGACCCUGCCCCUCAAGAUGGUGACAGAGCUGGCUCCGCUGGGCUCUCUCUAUGACUGCCUGCGCUCUCGUCACUCUGAUUUCCCGCUCCUGCGUCUCUCGCUGUUCGCGGUGCAGAUCUCCAAGGGGAUGGCGUAUCUGGAGUCCCGGCGCUUCGUUCACCGGGACCUCGCCGCGCGCAACGUGCUCCUGGCCUCGCAAGAGCUCGUCAAGAUCGGCGACUUCGGCCUCAUGAGGGCGCUGGACUCCAAGACAGACCACUACGUCAUGAAAGCCCACCCACGCAUUCCCUUUGCAUGGUGUGCUCCAGAGAGUCUGAAGGCUGGCACUUUCUCUCACUCCUCGGAUGUCUGGAUGUUCGGAGUGACGCUCUGGGAGAUGUUCACCUACUGUCAGGAGCCUUGGCUGGGGAUGUCUGGGAGACAGAUCCUGUUGAAGACGUACCAGGAAGGAGAGAGGCUGGAGCAUCCUCAGGACUGUCCCCAGGAGCUGUACUCCAUCAUGAGGCAGUGCUGGGCACACCAGCCCCAGGACCGGCCCACCUUCGCAGCCCUCACCAGCCUGGUUACCGAGGCUCAGCCAAUAGAGGUGAGGGCUAUCCAGGAAUACAACGAACCUGGAAGACUGCAGCUGCAAGCCAACGACCUCAUCACUGUGAUUGACAGGUCGGACGUGUUGGAGUGGCGAGGUCAGAACCAGCACACCCUGGCUGUGGGCUCCUUCCCGGCCGCCCUGGUGACUGGCACCGCCUUGCAGCCUGCCAGCCUGAUCAGCCAGCCCCAGAGGAACAGCUUGGUGCACACGGGACGCGGAGACAUCUUUGCAAACCGGAACUGGGGCUCCCCAGACCAGCUUGACGAGCAUUGCAAGAGAACACCAGGACCUAGAAAGGAGAUUCGGUCCAACAAACUGCACAUGAUGUCAGGGGUAUCCAGGAGUCUGGAAUCGCUGAUCGAUAUUCACAAUAAACCUCCAGGAAAGUUCAAUCUAACGCCCCACAGAAAACCUGCCGCAGACUUCCGGGGUCCAGGCGCCACAGAACUAGAGUUCCGCCGGCUGAGCGAUGAUGCCCAACAUCGACCCGCUCUGAACAACUUCAUGAACCACAAGGAUUUCCUGCUGAACCCCAACGUCAGGCUGCGCGCAGGGGGUGUUCACCCCAGGGAACGCAGGCCGGAUCUCAGUCAAGUCCGGGGCCUGUGGCCUGCUCUGUGCCCAGGCAAUAACUUGAUGGCGAUGGAGCAACUCGCUCACUCCACCCCCCACAUCCUCAACGGCAUGGAACAGAAGCAACGGUGGCCCCCGGCAACCGCUAACGACUCCCGCAAAUCAGCGAUCCUGCAGGUCCAGGAGGCGGUGCACGGAGUCACACUGGAGGAGUGUCGAGACGCCCUGAGUAUUCACAACUGGGACCCAGUGAGAGCAGCGCAGCAUCUGAAGACAGAGCACUUGUAUUACAUGGGCCGCUGUUCCCGCGAGGACUGUCAGCGCAUCCUGGUGCGUUUCCAGUGGAACCUGCAGGCCGCGAGUCGCUACAUGAUGAGAGACCAACAUGGGUCCCAAACACAGCCCCCGGGAACAGGGAGACCCUGACCAAGAGUACAGCCCUCCUGAAACGCAGACUGUGAUAAGGAUGGGUGGGAAAAAUGCAAGACACAUGCAAUACAGAGCCCCGGCCACAAGAGGAACUGUCUUCACCCUAAACUGCUGUAUUCUCUCUGCAUCAUAAUCGCGUUUACAAUCCAGAUUUAAGAGCCAUCUUAUCCCAGUUCGAUAUUUAGGGGCUAUAUUUCUCUGUCUAAAAAAAAAAAAAAUAAUAAUAAUAGAUAUUUCAAGAGAUUUCACAGUUUAACAUAAUAUUUAUUAAAGCAGAAAAAUAUUGCAUCACAUUUGAAAACGAUUAUUUUUCUCUGGUUUAUUGCACACCUAAAUACUGUUUUUCACCAUCUGUGAAUUAUCAACCAAAAAUAAAAACAUAAAUCAAUUAUUUGAAAGGAAGGAAGCAAACUAAGGUGUAGUGGAACAGCCAAACUCUUGCUGUAUUCACUUUUAAGAGCUAAAAAAAAUAGAUGUAUAUGUACACGAUUUUUUCUGAAACAAAGGGAAAAAUCAUAAGAAAUCCAUAAAAAAAAAAUCCAGUC